CAUAAUUGUGAAAAUAAAGAAUAAACAUUACACUGCAGUGGCAAAAUAAAGAGAAAUAAUGAAAAAAAAAACUGAUGUCCUUUGAAACUCACUGAUUCUAAUGAAAACAUCUGGAUUAAACAUCUGCUACAGGUAUAUUUUAAAUCCAGUCUAACUAGAACAAUGUGAAACGAAGCUUCACGUUAUAUCGAAAUUAAACUGGAGCAAUAAAUGCAACAUGUUUAUACAGGUGUUACAGUUAUUAACCAUUUUGAGGAGUUUCAAUCCCAGUUGAUCCAUUACGGAAAGUGCAGGUUGAGGGAGGAAUCGGGAGCGCGCCUCGCUCGUCCUCGACGACACAAACAGUCGACCACCGCAGACCAUCCCAUACUCUCCCCCCAUCCCGCCCCUUACCUGUGACCCACCCGCUGAGCCCCGCUGAGCCCCACUGUCCCCUGAGGAUGAUGGCGGAUGAAGACGUGUUCGCAGCCGAAGAGCGAGCUUUUGACGUUGGCCGCACGCUGCCCGACUACCGGCGGCUGACGCGGCUGUACUGCAUGAACGGCGGAUACCACCUCCAGAUCCUGGCCGAUGGGACGGUGCGGGGCGAGCGGGAUGAGCGGGAUGAUCACAUUGUGCUAAAGCUCGUCGCCGUGGCCAGAGGCGUCGUCGUCAUCCAGGGAACGGCGGCAGGGCGAUAUCUGGCCAUGAGCGCUCAAGGCCGUCUGUACGGCUCAUCCACAGUAACCGAUGAGUGCUACUUCCUGGAGAGACUGGAGGAGAACAACUACAACACGUACAAGUCUCAGAAGUACCAGGGCAGCAGCUGGUACGUCGGCCUGAAGAAGAACGGCAGACCCAAACUAGGCCCGAGAACCCACAUCGGACAGCAGGCCAUCUUCUUCCUCCCCAGACGGCUGUAGGAUUCCUGGGAUUAGUGAGCCACUCUUAUGACGGGAUGUGAGGAAUGCCGAGCUCUGAUGCAUGAGUAGUUUCCCUCUAGAGUUUAAUCUUCCGUAUAAGUGAAGCUGCAGCUUUCCUAUCAACUAACACGUCUGAGCAACCUUUUACUAAACAGCCAUUUAACUCAGCUAAUCGAAACACAAUCCUGAUUUCACCAAACUUUGAAUAUCAGAUAAGACCAAUGAUAAGAGGACUUAAAGCAGUGUUUUAUUUUAUCUGAGCAUGCUAGUCUUCUCUCUCAUAGGCUUAGAGGGACGACUGCUGAGUUAUCCAGCAGAAAGUCUUAGACUCUCUCCACAAGGGCAUAAACUACAAAACACUAUUCCAAAUUAAGCCGGCUGUUCAUUUUGGUGGAAAGUUGAGUGGAAGGAAAAAGUGUGGGAGAAUAAAAAAAAACAAAAAAAAACAGGAAUAACCAAAGCCAUCAGAAGGGCUAACCACUUCCUUUAAAGAGUGUGGAGAUACAGACGGUGUGAGUCAGUACCUCAAGAGCCAUCAGAACCAAGACAUGAACCACAACCAUAUCAGUCCUUAAGAGCCGCAGCACAUUAAAGAUCUGCUGUUGUUGCAUCAACCUUCCAGACCACUCAGGCCUUCUGGUUCUGGACCCCCCAGAAAACAUGCAUCUCUAAACAUGGAGCUUCUAUGCACCAGAAAUCUAGAACAAACUUCCUUUAAAUCCAGACUAGAAACCGACCUGUUCAGAGUUGCUUUUGCACCAUAAUAAAUGAAACACUAACCAACAUUUUGAUAACAGUUGAAAAAAAUUUACUGUUUCAAUUGUUGAUUUCUGUGUUUUUAUGAUGUAAAGCUCUUUGAACUGCCUUACUGCUGAAAUGUGCUAUACAAAUAAAAUUUGAUGAAUUCUGUUCAGCAACUUCCGAAGCAGAAAAUGCUCUUCUGUGAUAUUUUGAUUUGCAUUACACGCAAGCUGAUAGUCAGAGCCAACAGAAACUCACACUUGAAUUUUAUCCAUGUGUAAUAAAUCUAUGAAACAUUUAAAUGUCCCUUGUUGUAUUUAAUGAAAUGAAUCACCUGGUUCGUAGAGAUGUGCCUGUAUGG